AUGUCAAACGACAGAACCAUUCCCCAGGAUCUCAUCACAUACAAUAUACUCUCUCGACUACCCGUCAAAUCUCUUUACCGCUUCAAGUGCGUUUCUCCCUUGUGGAAAUCCCUUAUCUCCGACCCCCAUUUCGUCAAAACCCACCUCAAUCAAACCAAGACCAAAAACUCUAAUUAUCCUGAACAAAAAAUUGUUAUCCUUUCGCGCUUUGGCAAUCUCAACUCGGUGGAUUACAACGACGUAAAUCCGACCUCCACAAAACUUGAGUUUCCUUCAGUGGAACAACACGACACCGAGAAGUGGGUCAAGGUUUUGAGUUCUUGCGAUGGUUUGCUUCUAGUUUCCCGUAGUGACAAAUCCAUAUUCUUGUUGAAUCCAUCCACUAGAGAAUGUAAGAAACUGCUUGUAUGUCCAUUUGUCCAAAAUUCGAAUUCGUAUGGUGUGCCGAAUGUGUAUGGACUGGGUUACGACUCAUCGACAGAUGAUUACAAGGUAGUUCUGACGCUCUCAUCCUUUUAUGAAAAUGGGUGUAGCAUUACGACCUUGGCUGUCUAUUCACUAAAAACGAAUGCUUGGAGGAGAAGAGAAGAUUUCCAUCGGUAUAUUGUGGGAAACUCUGGUGGGGUUUUCUUGAAUGGAUGCCUCCAUUACCUUAGUUGGAAUGGGAAUGGUUCCAAUUUUAUUAUUACUGCUUUCGAUUUAUCGGGUGAGAUUUUCAAGGAAGUGCCGAUGCCUACUCCGUUAGGUAGAUGCGAGAGUGGGGAUUAUGACUAUUAUGACGUGGUGGUUCUUGGAGGUUCUCUUUGUUUGGUUAGCGAGCGGGGAAAUAAGGUUUGCAUGAUGAAGGAGUACGGGGUAAGAGAGUCUUGGACCAAAUUCACUAUGUGUUCUGGAUUGUCCGUAUUUGAUGUGGUGGGUAUGUUAGCGAAAGACGAAUUCUUGUUGUUUGAUACCUAUGGAGAGAAGCACUUGGUUGUGUACAAUCCACAAAAAUUCACAGAGAGGGACAUAGUGAUUUGCGGCAUUCCGACUAAAUUUAGAUAUGGGGGCACCUAUGUCGAGAGCCUCAUCUCUCCUUUUCAUGUAGGAGGAAUUGGGAGGAAAUUAUGA